AUGAUCAUCUUGACGGUCAUUAUGGUUGGUUACGCCGUCGCAGCUCAGUCCAUUGCAUAUCCCAACGGCUUCUACACAAGCGAACAACUCUCACUCAACGGAACUGUUCAGGGCAUGAAGUUUAUCGAUACAAUCUUCUCAAUGUACACAACAGCCUACUUCCAAAUGUUUGGUGAUUUCAGUUUGGACACACUUCAAGGAGAGGAUCGCAACUGUCAAAACGGAAUGUGUCCAACGAAGACGUCCAGGUGGUUGGUUCCAAUCAUGCUCGGAUUCUACGUUCUGCUGACCAACAUUCUUAUGUUCAAUCUUCUCAUCGCUAUGUUCUCGUAA